AUGUAUAAAGGCCCAGGCUACGAACGAUUUCCUGUCGUCCUCGGCACUGUCAAAGGUCAUAAAGAGUUGUGCGAGAAAUGGGAUGCAGAUCAGCGCCAAAAAUGGGAAAAAAAGGCUGCGAAGAUGAGGCAAAAGAUGCUAGAUGUUUAUGUUGUUCAUGGUAGUGACUCGGACUCUCCUGACGAGACGGACAGUGAAGUGCGCAGCAAAGAACCUGAUGACAAAUGUCUCCAAAGCGUCCUCGAGGUGUUUCCCGACAUCGAGGUUGCGUUUGUGGUGGGCAAAAUCCAUGCUCAUGGACCGCAGCCAAUCUACACUGACGAAGACGAUGAAGUCAUUGAACUCGCAGCACCACCCCUUGCUGAGAGGAUUAUCGCCGAGAUCCUUGAGUUGGACUCGUAUCCGAAGGAAGUUGGCGUAGAAUCCUCCGGAAGCCGGACUGCUGCACCAGAGGACGGAACGGGCUUUACGAUAUCCUGGGAUCGAGAUCUGUUCAAAGACGACAUGUACCGCAAGGAUGCUGUGCUCCUGCUUGCAAAGACCUUUGACCAUGUGCCGACGCACUACAUCCAAAGCAUCGUCACGCAGAAGAAGUCCAUCUUUGACUCGUAUGUCUACAUAGAAGAGAGGGAAGAUCAGUUCUUUGCCAAAAACCUCCGGCCGUACGCACGACUGCGACAACCGAGGAAGGAAAUCGAGAAGAAAUAUCAACUCGGCAUCUCUGAUCGCCGUAUCCCCUAUCAAUAUCACAAUCGGGUCAAUGAACUCCAGGCUGCUAGACAACAUGUUGCUCGAGAGGCCAUUCAAGAAGCUGCAAAGAAAGCCAAAGAGGAAGCGGAGGCUCUCAACCUGGCUAAACACAAGGAAAUGGGUGCUCUUGUGGAAUGUCAAUGCUGCUUCGAUGAGGAGAUUCCCCUAAAUCGCGUGGUUGAAUGCAUGGCAGACGAACCGCACUUUUUUUGCUACGUGUGUGUUGAAGGGUUAGCUGAUAAUCAGGUCGGCAUGUUGAAGUACGAGAUGCGUUGUAUGGAUGGGAGUGGUUGCACUGCUGAGCUCUCCAAUGAAGCAGUCGGAAAAGCCGUCCCCAUCCUGACAUUUGAUCGGCUUGCCCUGAAUAAGCAGCAAGCAGAAGUCAGACUCGCCGGGAUUGAAGGGCUCGAAAAGUGCAAAUGGUGCGAUUAUCAGGCCGUCUGUGAAAAUGUCGACAAGGAUCCAGUAUUCUAUUGUCUCAACCCAGAGUGCAAACGCGCCACGUGCAGAAAGUGUGAAAUGGAUAGUCAUCUCCCAAGGACUUGUGAGGAAAACCAGCGGGACAACGAUCUUCAUGGGCUUCACGCCGUGGAGGAAGCAAGAUCUGAAGCAGUCAUGCGAAUAUGUCCGAAGUGCAAGGUCAAGAUCAUGAAGGAGCAAGGCUGCAACAAGAUGACAUGCAGCACUUGUAACACUAUGAUGUGUUAUGUGUGCAACGCUGAUCUCACAGCUCUGGGCCAGAGACCAUAUGAUCAUUUCAACAAACCAGGUGCCAAAUGUCGGUUGCAUGAUGAAGACGGUGGUGAUAGGCAUGAAGAAGAGGCCAUGCGAGCCGAAAUCGAAGCGAUCAAGAAAGCCAAGGAUCAGAAUGCGUCUAUUGACGAAUCCCGACUUCGGAUCGAGUCUGGGAAAGCGCCAAAGCCG